GGCGCAGCUGCUCAGAGCGCGCCCAGAGCGAUUCGGGUCCCGGGUUCCCCCCACCCCCAAACCUGGGACCCGGCUUGCGGGCAGGGUUGGGCACGCCGCGGAACGGAGCAGUUUCCUCCGAGAAAGUUGAGAAUGGAGCCCUUUAAUUGUCAUUGUCCCCGCCGCACCAAAGUCCCGAGGGCGCGGCCCGAAGCCCCCAGGGUGCAGGGGCUGAAUGUGUCGCUGCGCCCCUAGGCUGAGCUUCUCCACCCCGCCGAAAUCCACGAAUCACCCAGAGCUUCGCUUCCCUGGCGUCUUCUAGGAAAAUCAUUCCUGCCAAAACUGAGAAAACGCACUGUGAGCUCUCAUCUCCAGCUCUACAAUGAGUGCCAAGUCUGCCAUCAGCAAAGAAAUUUUUGCACCUCUUGAUGAAAGGAUGCUGGGAGCUGUCCAGGUCAAGAGGAGAACAAAGAAAAAGAUUCCUUUCUUGGCAACUGGGGGUCAAGGCGAAUACUUAACUUACAUCUGCCUGUCAGUGACAAACAAGAAACCCACACAGGCAUCCAUUACAAAGGUCAAACAGUUCGAAGGCUCCACGUCGUUCGUGCGGAGAUCCCAGUGGAUGCUUGAGCAGCUACGCCAGGUGAACGGCAUCGAUCCUAAUCGGGAUUCUGCAGAGUUUGAUUUGUUGUUUGAAAAUGCUUUUGACCAGUGGGUAGCCAGCACAGCCUCAGAAAAAUGCACCUUCUUCCAGAUCCUCCACCACACCUGCCAGAGGUACCUCACAGACAGGAAGCCGGAGUUUAUUAACUGCCAGUCCAAAAUCAUGGGAGGAAACAGCAUCCUCCAUUCAGCAGCUGACAGCGUGACCAGUGCUGUACAGAAAGCAAGCCAGGCCUUGAAUGAGCGCGGGGAGCGGUUAGGCCGAGCAGAGGAGAAGACAGAGGACAUGAAGAACAGCGCCCAGCAGUUUGCAGAGACUGCACACAAGCUCGCCAUGAAGCACAAAUGUUGAGAAACUGCCUCUCCUGGUGACCCUCUUAAGAGAAAUGGAAGAGUCUAUUCAGCAGUUUUUACAAGAAUUCCGGACCUCCACUUGCUUCUUUUUCCCAAUGAUAUAUGGACAUUUAAGGUUUUUUGUUUUCUUUUGAUAUGUUCAUCUGUUUUUCUGUUAAUAUGACAAAGGUGUGGUGUUUAUACAUUGUGCUAAGAAUGCUGCAAUAGCAACAGCUUCAGUUUGUUUUUUCCACUGUGUGUAUGUGAGUGUCUGUUUUCCCUGUUUUUACAGAGGGGGUGGGGUUAGUGGUAGUUUGGAUAUGAAAUUUGGACCAAACGAUACACUGAAUUAGGCCUGAACUGACAUCGUGUACUUUUUUCUGAUAUGAAGCAGGAAGACAUUUUAAUAUGGUGACAUCAGAUGUUAUUUUUCCUGGUUGGAAAUAAAAGGCAAGCAGUGAUUGGUUUCACUUAGUAUCCCAGCUACUCUUAAUUUGAAGGUUAAGAUUCUGUAUCCUGAGAAAUAAAUCUGUAUUAUGGAAAACAAUUGGAUUUAUAAGGGGAAAGAGCAGUCUCAGAUUUCGGGUUUUGUGAGGUAAUCUCUGGCAUGAGCCAUCACUAGCAUCCAGAACAACAAAUCAGAAUCACAGCUGGGAAUCUCCUAUUUGCGCUGCAGCCUGGAUACAUGUUUCUAGGCUGAUUAUUUGAAAUUAUCAUAGGAAGGAUAAAAAUUGGAGAUUAAAGACCUAAGAAAAAGCCUAUUUAAAAACCUUUGUGCACUUAUGGCUGCUUCUUUUGUCAUUGUCCCAAAUUCCAGUAGCUGGUAUUGAAAAGAACUUGGAUUUUUAUCAAGAAUUGAUUUGUCCAGACAAAGAAAGGUCUGGGUAACUGAUAAUGUGAAAACAUACUACAUCUAAAAUCUUUUUUUCUUUUCUCUUCACAAAGUUAUGUCUAUUUUAGAAACACCCUCACAAUGUUCUUGGGAAAUGGCUUUCAGUUUCCUGGUAUCUGAUUUUUGGAAGUUUUGAUGUUGUUAUUGCCGUCUGUUUAUCUAAUGUGAUUUCAAGUGUGGGAUUCUUGACCAGUCGCUUCUCCACAACUGCAGCUUGCCUGGUCUGAUGGAAAACCGCAGUGGUGAAGCCUUUCCAUUGCAGCCAGACUGGAAAAAAGUUGGUCCACAGGUGUGGUUUUGUAUUACUCAAGAUAGUACUGGGUUUAGAGUCUGGGAGUUGGCUUCUUAGAGGGAUAAAGCGCUAAACAUAAAAGCCGCACUUUCUCUUCUCGAACACGAGGCAAGCUGUGCAUUCACACUCGUUGCCAGCCUCCCACUGCAGCGCAUCGAUUUUUAAGCUGCCUGAAUCUCCAGGGCCCUUUGGUCUCUUCUGAUCCCCGCGGCCAGUUGAGUCCACGUGUAUGGUAGCCUCUUACAUAGCAGUGUGAGAUGACUUUCAGAUUAUUGAUGCUGAUUUAAACACCUUAAGUUCUCCUGAUAGAGCAUUCCCUGGGAGAUAGAAAGUUUGGCAGUUGAGGGGAAAUGGUCUGAGGCAGUACCUAUCCAAAAAGAGAGGAGAUUUGCCAGAGACAAAUUUCUGAAUCCUCUUAAGGAGAUGAUCCAGUUCUAGAAAACCACAUAAAAUGUGUAUGGUAAACUCUGUCAGUUGACUGUAAUAUUUUGUGCUUUUCUUUGGGUGUCUAAAAAGUAUAAAGAAACAAGAAACUCUAUCUGAUGAGCACCAUUAGAAGCACUUAUAAUUCCUAAGGCAAGCCCAAAAUAUCACUCCAAAGAGGUUUUGUGUGCAGAUCUCAUUUCAGAAUGCACACACACACCCAAUCCUCCCAAACUGAAUUCUAGCUUCAGAGGUAGAUAGUUGAAAUAAAUAAUUGAAAGGGUGACUCUAAAACCCCCCCUGACAGUAGACCAAACUCAAAGUACAAUUUCUUGCCAACUAUCUAACAACAGCUUUGCAGAGCUGCUUCUAAAGUAGCAGAGGAUGAGGUCAUAAGCAUACUGUGAAAUUUGAGAUUCAUUCUCCCUGGUUGAAUUGUGAUGGUUACUCUUCAUAAAUGUAAGUAUCCCACAUUUUUCCCCACUCUCUGUUUAUCCUUUUAGACAUAAGUCUUAUUGGAAAUAGCCUGGACUAGAAGAAGGCCUAUCUGAAUUAGCUUCUUCUUCUCUUGGUUCACUUCCCGGUGGUCGUACCUUGACCUCCCAGUGUCAAAGUCAGGCGUAGGCCUCCACCCGACAGAGAGGCCAGGGCAGCAAACCUGUCCUUCCACAGCCCCCUGGACUGCUGCACAGGAGCCCUGUGAUGACACACACAAGGUUCUUUGCCAUCCUUUUGUAGAAGGUGCUGCAAUACAGAAUAUUAAUAAAAUCUGACCUAGAGGAAAUUGCUGAAAUGACACAUUAUUUGGGAGAAAGUCAUUCGGUUGAGCUUGCGAGAAGACAUUUAAUUUCUGUUUCUUUCAUUUCUGCACUUCACUCUGAGUUUUUGGGAUACUGUGUUUUUGUGAAGGACUCCUUAAAUUGUAUUGACAAUGCAUAAAGAAAAGAAAUUUCCCAGUGUUACUACUUCCUGGAAUGUAGCUGUAGUCUUCUUCACUAGUAUUAUUAGAUAUCUGUGUACAGGAAGUAUGCAGUUAUUCAGGUUAAUGUUUCAUAUUAAAGAAUGUAUUUGUAAAAUGUAACAGGAUCAGUAGUUAACAUUUUUUUAAGCUCUGAAUAAAUAAUGAUUACGUGUUAGACUUCAAA